GAGUUUCGAUCAGCCGAAAAAAAUUGUAUAAAUAAACAGAUUCUGAUCACAAAUUUCGUUAGUCGAUAUUUAGACACAGUGCAGUGCAGUGCAUAAAGUCACAUAAGAGCCAAUUCAAACCAAAAUUUUAACAUUAUGAAAUUCACUUUAAUAUUGUUGAUUGCUGGCAUCGCAUGCAGCCUGGCCGCACCCGUCGCCGAUGAGCAGCAGCAGCAGCAACAGGAGCAGGUUGAGUCGUCGGCCAAGGCCAAGCGUGGCAUUUCUUUGGGUCUCGGCUAUCACGCGCCCCUGUUAACCCACUCGCAUUAUGUGGCAGCACCCACUAUCGUGCAUCAUGCGCCAUUGAUUUCGCAUGCACCGCUCAUCUCUCAUGCACCGCUCAUUGCGCACCCGGUCUCGUCGAUCUCCUACCAUCUGCCCACCUACCAAUCCAUUCAUCACUUCUGAGCGCCAUCAGCGACCUGAAGCAUCAAGGAGCAUCAUGGCGCAACAGCUGCAGCAUCCAGUCAGCACGUUCAUUUCAUUUCGUUUGCCCACAGAUAAAAUUAUCUUCUAGUAUUUCCCCAUCCAAGCAGCCUUUAAUGUUCAGCCCUUUCUUUAUUUUGCUUUUGUAAAUAAAUAUGCUCAAA